AUGGGGAUUAAAAGGAGGCGGAUCGCAGCGAACAACAAGGAGCCGGCAGUUGCUCCUUCUUCUAUGUCUGAAGUCCCCAAAACGUGCCUGGUCUUGCGGGACUGGAUCAAUGACCUCUAUGCAUCGAGGCAUGGGGCGAGUGAGGAGAAGGCAUGGCCAGUUGGGAAGGGGGGCUCCUUUCAAGAAGUAGUGCAACGGUGCUUCAACGAUUCGGACCAGCUUCUAGCAGAUAGCCUGAGCUUUGCCAAGUCAAUUGGCUUACUUGGGCGCGACGCGGAUCUCCAAGACUUCCCUCCACAGCCUGGUGCCUGGACUACCACCUCUGUGCUGCAUUGGGACUUUAGCCUGGAUUCCUUUUGGAGACCCCCUGACGCGGCGACGGUACUUGACAUCGCAAAGUCAAUCGCUUUGGCUGGGUGGCGUGAGGGUGAAUCCCUUGGACUUCGAAUGCCUGUGGAUGAUGACACCCAGAUGGAGACUGGUGAGGGUGAGGUUGACUGGCGGGGGGGGGAGUUCCAGUUCGAUGACGGUGGGAUGCGGGGUCUUGCAGCGGCAAUUUGUUGGAUUGGAUUGGUCUACAGGUGCUCCAAGGAGAAUUCACAAGACCUUUCCCAGCCUGGGGUGAUCAACUUGGCAAGAUCUUUGAUGAACCUUCCAACCAUGCGAAAGACCCAAACCAAUGAUGUCGCUACUGAGCAGAUCCGCCGGAUCAUUUCCCAGAAUGUGGAAAGCAAAAAGCUUGCCAUCAGCUCGUUUGAGUGGGCGGAAAUCUUACGGGGCAUGAAAAAGCAGGGCAGGCAUAUGAGCCUUCAAGAUGCCAUUCAGCUCUACAACAAUAACCCUGAGAUCACAGCUCACGGUGGGGCAUCCAGCGGGACAUCGACCAAGGACGACCGAAGCGGAGCCGGAUCCUUAAUGAUUGACGGCAAAAAAAUGUUUGCCAUCAAGCAUUGGAUGGAGCUGACAGGUGAUGCUGCGCGUGCCCAAGUCUUGAUAGCCCUCAAGGACAACCCUUUUCAAUACGGACCUUGGGGUGAGCCCCUAUCCAUGAUGAAACCGUUGUACCUGAAAUCAGUGGUGAACUUGACAAGCAUUCCCCAAACCUCUGCAAGCUUGGUCCCACUUGAGGGCGAGGCAACCAUUACUUUGGACUGGGGGCUCCCUUUGACUGAAGACUGCCAAGAAAUUCUUUUCCAAAGGAUUCGACUUCAUUUCGAGAAGUCCACCGCCAUAGUGGAAGAUGCUCAGGACCGUCGUCGCUACCGGAUGUCUGAAUCAGACCUCAUGAGCCUCAGGAAUUUGGUUUGUCUCUAUGGGCAAGUCCGUCAGUUCUUGAGCACCAGGGUCCCCUCUUUUGACAAGUUGGAUUUGGCCAUCAAGACUGGCAACACAGCGGACCACGAAGUGGCUGGGGUCUUGGAGCAACGGCCACACCAGUUUGCUGCUUCGUUCUUGCCAAUGGCACAGCAGACUGCCAUGGAGAAUGCCAAAAAGCAAGAGGAAGUCGUGACCAUGGAAGUUCAAAAACAACGGCUGGAACUUCGUGAUGUCAAAUGGAAAUACUUUCAAGCUGCCCUUGCAAGGGACCAAGACAUCAUAGCAACAAUCCAGGCAGCCCCAAAGCGUCUUGAAGCACUUCGGCAUCGAAAACAAAUGGCUUGGAGAGUCGAGCAAUCACAGCAAGGAGAGCGGGUCGUCCAGAGCUACAUGCAACAGUGCCUGCGCACCGAGCUGGUCGAGAAAGUUGAGCAUGGCCAGCUCAAGAUCAAUGAGUACCGCCAGUUUGUGGCCAACCUCUGCAACUGUCGUGAGACUGAUGUGCACAUGAUCACGCUCAUAGAUCUGAAUGUGCCACUUGCCAAAUCGAAAGAGAAGAUGGAGGAACUCUGCACUCUGAUGCAGUUCGUCAAUGAUCUCAACCCUAACCGCCAUGUCGGGGUGGUGGAGCUGCCGGAGACUGCCAAAAAAACUUCCAAACGAGGUCUUUGCGACGAAGAAGCCGAUUUGCAGCAGACACUUUGGGGUCUGCGCCAAGUCUGUGAUGCCAGGUGGAUCGUGCCCUUUGACAUCCAUCCGUCUGCGGAUGCGCAAACGGCCCGAAGGAGAUUCAGCAGUGGACGCUUGGUGGUGAACAAGGAUUUUGACGAGGAAAACCCGUGGAUCAACAACUCGGAAUUUGGUUGCGCUGGUCGUCCCCUCACCGAGGACAAGAUUCUUCUCCCCCUUUCCAGGGAGCUACUUCUUCCUGAAGCUCUUGAUCCCGACAAUGACCUACGGUUUGCUGAACGAACAAGGCCAUCAGUUGAAGCUGCCAGCGCCCAAAAGGGUCAACAACGUUGGCUUACCAUGUUCAGGAGCCUCCUUGCCAUGACUUCCUACAGCUUGAAGAACAAACCGGUGAUCAUCGUCAAUCUGACGUCGUAUGUUGAAGAUGUCGAUGUUGCGGCUUUCCACCUGCGAGAAGCCAAGGAGGAAUUGAAGGGCGGCUUCAACACAUGCAACCUCUUCUACCAGAGCAUUUGGUUUCUCAACAAGGACCAGUUUGGGGCUGCCAGGCUCACGAGAGAAGUUGUCGACCAUUGGCUUGCAGGAAAGCUAGAGUUUGCAGGACAAAAGAUUGGCCUGAACCCCCCAGAGCUGUCACCUGACGAAGUGGCAUCUGUGCCCGGAGGCACGGCAUGUGCCAACAGUUUGGACACUGUUUCUUUUGAAGUUCUCGAACGCAGUGGUGGGAAGAUGCUGAUCAAAUCCGACGAGAACAAGCUCUGGCUGUCGCAAGGUGGCACCAUUACUGAGGACUACAAGGCCCUGCAUGCCAAGCAUAUGGAGCUCAUUGGUUCCGGGAUUGAUGUGGUGGAAUCUCCACAAGCUCCAGCCGAGACUGGCGGUGGGGGAGAAGGUGAGACGACCGCUGGGCCCACUUCGCCACCAUGUGAAGAAAAGGAAUCCCUGGAAAAGUUGCAGGAGUCACCCGGGGUGGAAGUCAAGGUAGCUUCAGAGAUUUCCGGGGUUGACCUUGUGCUUGCAAAGGAUUCGUCUCUAUGGCUUGUUGCUAGUACCGACAAGGUGGUGGCCAAGAACUCCCAAUUGGGAGGAUUUGGGACGGGACAAUACGUUCCUGCUGAAGAAGAACAAGGAUUGGACUUCCUCUUGCCCUUGGGCGACAAAAGCCUGGUGCAAUUGGACGAAAGCAGUUGGAAGACAGAUGGCAGUGGAACCUCGGUUGUGACUUUUUACAAGCUCUUAGUGAUGUGUGAACGUGAAAAAAACAUCACAGACCACAAGGUCAGCUACAUGACCGUGUCCAGAAAGGCCCAGACCAAUCUGGAACAGGGGAUGGACGGAUUUGAUAUCCAGUACAAGAACAAAAUGCGAUUCAAAUGCUUGCCGCAGGACCGCUUGACGGGGAAAAACAUCUUCUCCAAAGUUGUGUCGCAGGCUGCAGGGUAUCAACAAAUCCUGCCGGUGUUCCGAUUCCGAUUCGAGAGGAUUGGGGGCACGCUGAAGCUUCAGAAGCCUCACAUGAUUACCAAAAAUUCGCUCCAGCUCAAGGCAAACAAGCCUUUGAAAAUCCAGUGA